AUGUACAACACUCACCGCGGCAUGGUGGCUGCUCCCAACUCCCGUCUGACGGAGUUGUUGGACCAACUGCGCCAGGAAUUCGAGACACAAUCUCGGAGCACCGGUGAAUUCGAGCACCAGUUUACCGGCCAGCUCCAAGAGAUGGAGAUGAUCCGCCAAAAGGUGUAUCAACUGGAGCAGACCCAGAUCAAGAUGAAACAAGACUAUGAAGCCGAAAUUCGCAUGCUGCGCCAUGAGCUAGAAUCGCGUGGAGUCCAAACCGUCCCUCAUGUCGCACCUGGUGCGACUCACACAGCCCCCCAAGGCCAGCCGCCGCAGGUCGGCCAUGGCCCAAGUAACUUAUUCAGUGGUAUUAUGACCAACCAAGGAGCUAGUGGUCCCGGUCUUGCCCCUCCCCCUCCCCAGGAUCAGCAGCCUCCCCAGCAUGCCCUUCAACAACAGCCUGCCUCGGCCGCCCAGCCUGGCCAGCCCCCGCAGAGCUCUUUUGGAGGAUAUCCACCUGGCGCUGCUGUGACCGGUUACGGUGGCCCCCCUCCACCCCCAACCGCCUCUCCGGGCCCUGGUAAGGGUCGCCGGGCUGCUCCAGGUCCAGCCACUCCCGUGCAGACCCAGAUUGCCUAUCCAGACCCUCGCGCCUCGCCUCAAAUUCGCCCUACGCCUCCUGGUGCCCAGGCUGCACCCAUUGUUCGCCAGGAUCGCCCUGGUAACAUGCUCGCAAACUGGAACCCUGAGGAUCUCCCUCCGUCGCAAAAGCGUGAGGGUACGGAUUGGUAUGCGGUAUUCAACCCAGAGGUGCAGCGUGUGCUAGAUGUUGAGCUGGUGCACCACCUCAGCCAUGACAGUGUCGUCUGCUGUGUUCGCUUCAGCCGUGAUGGUAAGUAUCUGGCGACAGGUUGCAACCGCUCUGCGCAGAUCUUCGAUGUGACCACAGGUCAGAAUGUGGCGACCCUGCAAGAUGAGAGCGUCGACAAGGAUGGCGAUCUUUAUAUUCGCAGUGUUUGCUUCAGUCCAGAUGGCAAGUAUUUGGCCACUGGUGCCGAAGACAAGCAAAUUCGAGUCUGGGAUAUUGCCUCGCGAACCAUCAGAAAUACAUUCAGCGGUCAUGAGCAAGACAUCUACUCCCUUGAUUUCGCUGGCAAUGGCCGUUAUAUUGCUUCUGGUAGUGGUGACAAGACUGUGCGUCUCUGGGAUAUCCUUGACGGCAAGCUUGUCUACACUCUUAGCAUCGAGGAUGGAGUCACUACCGUGGCCAUGUCUCCCGAUGGACAUUAUGUGGCUGCUGGUUCGCUUGACAAGAGCGUUCGCGUGUGGGACACUACCACCGGUUACUUGGUGGAGCGAUUGGAGAACCCCGAUGGCCACAAGGACAGCGUGUACUCGGUUGCCUUCGCGCCCAAUGGUCGCGACCUGGUCAGCGGCAGUCUUGACAAGACUAUCAAGUUAUGGGAGCUCACUGUCCCACGGGGCAUGCAUCCUCACAGCGGUGUCAAGGGUGGCAAGUGUGUUCGGACAUUUGAGGGCCACAAGGACUUCGUUCUUAGCGUUUGCCUGACGCCCGAUGGCCAAUGGGUGAUGAGUGGUUCUAAGGAUCGUGGCGUUCAGUUCUGGGACCCAGUCACUGGCAAUGCCCAGAUGAUGUUGCAGGGCCACAAGAACUCCGUAAUCUCUGUUGCGCCCGCCCCGACCGGCAACCUCUUUGCGACUGGCAGUGGAGACAUGCGUGCACGGAUCUGGAGAUACUCCAACUACAAUGGACGGUAA